UUCAAUUUUUUUCUGAACUGAAAGCUGUUUGUGGUUUUCAAGUUAGGAGUUUAAUAGUGUGUGUUCCGCUUAUUUAAUCCGGUGUAUGAUUUCAUAUUCAUCGCGUAAACAAUCACAAACGGUGAAAACAUACGGAUUUCUAUGAUUCACACAAAUUCGUGAUCACAUUCAUCAUUCAGCCUUUCCUGUCCCGUCAAAAGAGCAAGCAAGAAAGAAAACCAGUUACAACAAAAUCCAAACAACAGUACUUCUCGGUUUGGAACAGAUGCACACAAAUGGCACUGAGCUGAUUUUGAAACAUGAUGAAUGACACUACAUUAGCGCCACUUACAAAAACACUUUCGUCACUCCUGAAUGAGUCUGUACCAACAAGAACUCACAGCAAAGGAGGAGAGGAUAAUCAUGUGUUGCUGUUCAUCUUGUUGCCGGUCACUGCCUUGCUGUGUGUUGCUGUUGGGAUUGGCAUGAUUGUGUGGUUGCUCAAGCGAAGCAGAAUGGACAAACUGCGACAUCACCUGAUGCCCAUGUACAACUUUGACCCUUCAGAUAGUGGUGGUGACUGGGAGACAGAUCUGCUCAGCCAGGAAGUCAGACUGCGAAGAGAUAGUGCCAGCCCACCACAGUCUCCAGUUCUCAAGCUAAGCACGAUGCACUCAGAGUUGUGAUCUUCAGGAAGCAAAAUUGCUAUCCUGAAAUGACUCUGAGGAAUGAUAUGAUGCCAGUAAAAUUCACUUUCAUUUAUCAAUAAGGUCCAGCAUGUCUGCUGUCUGCCCUAAUUUUGGUGAGAUUAUUUUCAAAGAAGUUAUCAAGGAACACUACUUCUGCCUUCAAAAACACUGCAAUGAGAAGUUAAAUGUGCUGCGAAAAGACUUGCUGUGUAUCAAAUUUUAUAUUCUUGUGACUCAUCGGAGAGCGUGUGACAUUUCUUUUGGACAACCCUCUUUGCUGUUUGCAGCGUGGUACACAAGUCUGUCCCACAACAUUUCAUUUUUUAUUGGUAAAACAAAUGUCCACAAUGGAGGUGACAGUCAAGAGCAUGAGCAAGUUUAGCAGGCGAAAGGGAUAUCUGAGAGUUAACCAAUCUGAAGCAUUCUUGGGGCCCUUGCUUCAGCACUGAGAUGGGAGGAAAAACUUUGGAGUUUUGGCAGUAGAGACUGAUUUUAUGUUGUGCGUAAGGCGAUCCUGGGCCUGUCCUGGUUACCUUUCACAUUUUUAAAAUGUUGUUUAUUUUGAUACAUAGUUUCUUCAAGUGAUACUAAUUGAAUAGUAUGUGCUGAAAGUUCUUACAGUUGUUCUCUGUGUGUAAAUGUCUUUAUUUCUUUUAGAUCUAGUCAGCUACACACAGCCAGCAGCCUCCCCAAUGGUCUGCACCUGGUGGACCUUAUCUGACUGGCAGUAUUUGAUCAACUUUUUUUCACGAUGCCUGUAGGGAAAUAAAAGGUAGCAAGUUUAAUUAAGCAAGCAAAGUUUAUCCAUUUCUAAAAAACAGUCUCAUCCUUAUUAAGUUCAUGCAGAAGUUAAAAUAAAAUAAACCAUUUGUUCAAAUUUUCCAUAUCCUAGGUAUGAGAAAUAUUUUCUGCCAAUGUAUUCUGGUAAAGCUGGUAAAGAUAAAAAUCGUAGAGUUUGCCUUUGAUUUGAUAUUGUCUAGUUACUCUAAUAGAAAAAUAAUGGUUUCCAGGGACAGUUUUGUAGGUUUGUGUUUAAGUAGGGGAUAAGAAAAAAAAA